AUGGAGAGCAUAAAUAAUAACUACCAUGGAAUAAAUAUUUCGGAAGAUAAAAAUAAAAAUAAUAAAUUUGGAAAUAGAAAAGAUGGUUAUAUAAAUUAUAAAAAUAAUAAUAAUGAAUUAUGUAACAGUUUUAACAAUAAAAAAUAUAUAAUAGAACUCAAUUCAGACAAAAACAAUGAAGAACUGUUCAAUUCUUUUUCAUAUGAAGAUGAAAAAAAAAACACAAAAAUAUCAAAUUCAGAACCAUCUUUAAUAAUAAAAGAUAGUAAUCAAGAUAAAAGGAACAUAAUUUGGGAUAAAAUUAAUAAUGAUGAUGAUGAAAAUAUCGGAAUAAAUAAUGAUAUAUAUAUGGAAAAAUAUUUAAAUUAUUUUAGUAAUUUAGAAAAUGAAGCAAAUAAUUACAAAGAUCAAAUAUAUAAUACACUAAAAAAACGAAACAGAUGUAUAGAUGCUACUUUAGAAUCAAGCAGUAUAAAUUCAGGUACAGAUAUAGAUACAAACCACUUUAAAAAAAAAUUUGAAAUAAAUAAAACAGCACAAAAUGUAGAUGGUAAAAAUAUACAUGUUGAUAAUAACUUAAUAAAUAACAAUUCUUUAAAUAAAGAAAAGAUAUUUAUUAAUGAAAAUAAAAGUGUUGUUAAAAAAAAUGAUUUAAAAAAAUGUGAGAAUAUUUUCAUAAGUACAAAUAAAAAAAAUGAAUUUAUUGAUUUUAAAAAUAAUAGAUCUAUUCCUAAUUUUGAUAAUUUAAAUGAUUCUAUAAAAAGCAAAAAAUUUAUAAUUGGGAAUUUGGAAAAUAGACAAAAUUCAAUUCAAGAAAAUUGUUUUGAUAGCUCAAUUUCGAGGAAAAUAGAGAAUAAUAUAAAAAGAGAUGAUAAAAUAGAAAAAGAUCAAAAUUAUAAUAUGUCUGAAAAAAAAAGGUCAUAUGUAUUAUUAGAAAAAAAAAAUGAUAAUGAAAAUUUAAAUAAUAUGACAUCUUUUUAUUCAAAUUAUGAUUUUGAAGAGAAUAAUGAUGAAAAUAUAAAACCAUAUAAAAAUUUAGACACUAUAUUUAACCCAAAAAUUGAAAAACAAAAUAAUUUUGAACCUUUAAAAAAUGAGAGAUCAAAUAUUUUUGAUAAAAAUAAACUUGUGAAAAAAUUAGGAAAUAAUUUUGUAAAAACAAAUGGACAAAAAUAUUAUAAUUAUAAAUAUAAAAAAGAGAAAAUGAAUUUUUCAUUAUUUAAAAAUCAAUAUACUAGUAAAAAUUAUAACUUUUAUUUUUCUGACGAUAUUUCAACUAAUAAAAAAAAAACACAAAAAUCAAAUAGUGUGUAUGCAAGUAGAGGAAGUAGAACCCAUAGUUCAGUAGAAAAAAAUGAUGAUUCUGAAAUGGAAACAAUGCAAAAUUUGAAUAUAAAAAAUAUAUUUAUUGAUAAAUAUAGAAAAUAUGAUGAUAUAAAUGAAAAAGAUAAUUUAAAAUUCUAUUCAUGUGUUUCUAAUGGUUUAAAUGAAUAUAAUGAUAUUUAUGAUUUUCAUUAUUCAUAUAGUUCUCAAAGUGUAAAUGAUGAAGAUAAUAUACAAAAAAAAGAAUCAAAUAAAUAUAUUAGCUACGAUAAUAACCACGAUAAUGACCACGAUAAUAACCACGAUAAUAAUGUAAUAAACAAAGAUGAUAACAUUGAAGAUGUAAAUACAAAUUUUUUAUUAUUAAAUAAAAGACACAUUUUAAAAAAAAAUAAAAAUAAUAAAAAAAAAUUAUUUAAUAAUAAUCAUAUACUAAAUCUGGAUAACAAUUUUGUUAUGGAAAUAGACAAUGCAAAAAAUGAUUCUAGAAAUGAUGACGUUCUUCAAAAUGAGUUCGAAAAUAACAAAAAUAAAUCAAAGAUAAAGAAUAAUGCUAAAGUUACACAAAAAAUAUAUUUUUUUAGGCCAAAAAAAAAUAAAAACAUUUUUGACUAUGAAAAUGGGGUAAAUAGCAACAAAAAUGGGGCAAGCAGCAGCAGAAAUCUGAUAAAUAGCAGCAGAAAUCUGAUAAAUAGCAGCAAAAAUAUGAUAAAUAGCAGCAAAAAUAUGAUAAAUAGUUGUAUAGAAUUCGAUAUGUUUAAUUUAAAAAAGGACAAAAAUUUUCAACUUGAAAUUCAAAGCAACAAUAGUUAUUUAACAGCGGAAGGAGAAAAUGAAUUAAAUAAUAUCAAAAAUGGCGAAAAAAACGAAAAAAAAGAACCAAACAAAGCAAACGAAAAAAACGAAAAAAACGAAGCAAACGAAGCAAGCGAAACAAACGAAAUAAACGAAACAAACGAAAUAAACGAAAUAAACGAAAUCGACAUAUUUAAUUAUGAAAAAAGGACUGAAGAAAUGAAAAAAUAUAAAAAAAAUAAUUUACACACAAGUGUUAGACCAAACGAAUUUAUUAUUAGCGAAAAAAAUGACGAAAAGGACGGAAAAAAUGAGGGGAAAAAGGACGGAAAAAAUGACGAAAAAAAUGACAGAAAAAAUGACGAAAAAAAUGACAGAAAAAAUGACGAAAAAAAUGACGGAAAAAAUGACAGAAAAAAUGACGAAAAGGACGAAAAAAAUGACGAAAAGGAUGAACAAAAUGAAGAAAUACACACAAUUGUUGAUUAUAUUAUGCACAAUGAUAAUGUUGAUUUUUCCAAAAUAAUUAUUAAAGAGAGAAAAGAUAAUAGUUAUAUAAAAAUAAAUUAUUUUUUAAAGGAAUAUAUAUCAAAAUAUAAUGAACUUGAACAUAGUGAUUUUUUAUUUUGUUUUGGAGAAUCAAGUGAAGAUGAUGUUAUAUAUGAAAAAAAAAAAUCUAUAAAUUUAGAAAAUGAAAAAAAUAAAAUGAAUGAUACCAAAUAUGCAAGAUGUAGUUUUUGCGAUUCUAUUUGUAUUUGUGAUAGUCCAAUGAAAAAUUUAGGAAUAAAUAAUGGAGCAUCAAUAUUAUUAAAUAAAAAAAGAUUAAAACAGAUCAAAAAUCGAAAAAUAAAUUAUAAUGCAAUUGAUACAAUGUGGCAACCACAUUUUCAUCCACACAAUAAAGAAUUUCGAGUCCGAUAUAGAUAUAAAGGUAGUAUGAGGCUUAAAACAAUUUCUUGUAAAUUUUAUGGAUAUAAAAAUAGUAAAAAAAUAUCUAUUUUAUUUCUUUUAAGAUGGUUAUUAUGUGGUAAAUAUAUUGCUGAAAAAACCAAAAGAUCAAGACUUAGUAUUAGUGAUAUAAAUGAAUAUAAUUUACCUGACUUGUUAAUAUCAAAACGGAAAAAAAGAAAAACAGAUUAUAUAAAAAAUGAAGAUUGGAUAACAUAUGAAAAUCAAAAAAAUAAAGAAGUAUAUCAAUAUUUAAAUAAAAUUAAUAGUUUUAUUCUUAACCAUUAUAAUGAUCAUAAUUUUUUAAAUAAAUUAAAAAAUAUCAUAAAUAGUUAUGAUAAAAAAUAUAAAAAAGAAAAAAUAUUUACAACAUUAAGUGAUUGUUUUAAAGAUCAAUUUACAGAAAAUAAAAGACAAUCAUUAACAUAUUCUGUUAAAAAUAAAAUAAAUGAAUUUAUGUCUUUAAAUCAAGAUAAAAUGUCUAAUAAAGAUAUUCCAAACACAACUCCUUCUAUCCCUUAUCCUCACUAUGGCCCAUAUAACCAAAAUAUCACCUCGCCAACUUUUAACCCACCAAAUUUCAGCCCACCAAAUUUCAGCCCCCCAAAUUUCAGCCCCCCAAAUUUCAGCCCCCCAAAUUUCACCUCGCCAACUUUCAACACGACAAACUUGAAUUUGCCAAACUUCACCUCGCCAAACGUUAAUUUGCCAAACGUUAAUUUGCCAAACUAUAAUUCGCCAAACUAUAAUUUGCCAAACUAUAAUUAUAGUAAUAUUGGAUAUGAAGUGCCUACUACCCCAUGUUCUAAAAUAUAUAAUUUAGAUAAACAUUUUGAAAGAGAUACAAAUAAUAAUUUAUCUAAUAGCAAUUGCCCAUAUUGUGUCUGUUCUCAUUUAGAUGAAAAUGUGUAUAACAAAUUUAAUAUAAAACAAAAUUGCGAGUUUCAAAAAAAAAAAUGUAUUUGUAUAAAUAAAAUUAAUAAAAAUAUAUUUUUAAAAAAAAAUUCACAUAAUAAUGAAAAUGAAUAUAAUAUUUAUGAUUGUGCGAAUAAUAAUUUAGACAAAAAUUAUAAUGAUCCUUUUGCAAUAUAUAAUUAUCCGAAUAAAACAAAUCGUUUUUUUAAUGAUACACAAAAUUUGAAUACAAGAACAAAUAAGUAUGAUGACAUGGUAGAUGCACAUCUAAACAACUUUAUGAAAACGGAUGACAAAUCUUGUAAUAAAAUGGCUUGGAAAAGAUAUUUUUCUGAAAAUUUGUACAGAAAAAAUGACAGAAAUAGCAGCAAUAGCAACAAUAGCAAUAGCAACAGCGGCAAUGGCAACAGCGGCAAUAGCAACAUAUUUAAACAAUUUUCCGAAUUUGACCAGUUCGGGAAAAAUGAAUAUCCUAACGCUUCACAUAAAAAUAACAAUUUGAGCGCAAAUAAAAUAUGUGAAGAGUUGCCUGAAAAGAGUAUCCCCUAUUUUAACAAAUAUCCUGAAAUAUUAACACGAAAAAAACAGGUUCAAAAUGAAGAUAUAUAUAAUAAUAACAUGAAUUUGGGAAGUAAUGAAAAUGUAAAUUGUUACACAUCUAUUUUUUGUGAUAAAAAAAAGAAUGAUAAUUAUGAUAAUGGUAAAAAUAGUAAUAUGUUAAUAAAUUGUUAUAUGAAUAAAAAUAAUAAUGAAAAUGUUUUAUCGCCAAUAAAUUUAUCAUCUAAAAAUUCAAAAAAAAUAAGUAACGUCUCAACUUGCCCAAGUGUAAACAAAAAUAUUUUAUUUUACCAAAAUUGUAGAAAUAAAAAUAGAGGAAAAGAUAUUUUAGAAGUACCAUCAAAAUUGUGUGAACAAAAUAAUGAAAUAAAUUAUCUAAAAAAUGAUUUAAAAAAAAAUAGAAAAUCAAUAAAUCUUAAUGUUAUACCAGAUGAUGAACUAAUAAAUUAUAAUUGUUCUCCAGAUUUCGAUAUAAAAAAUUCAAAUAAAAAAGUAUUUUUUUCUAUAAAUAAGAAUAAAAAUGUUAGAUCAUAUUCAAAUAAUAAUAUUUAUAAUUCUAAUAAUUGUGAAAAUAAAGAUGAUGUGUGUAUAUCUGAAUUAUCUUACACAUCUGGAACUAAUAAAAAAAAUGAUGAAACAAAUAAAAUAAUUUUUGAAAAACGAAAUAGUAAUAAUUAUACUAACAAAAAUUGUGUAAAUUUAGAAUUUUAUAAAGAUAAACAUGAACAAAUUAGAGAAAAAAAAAAUAUUUAUGAUUUAAAAGGAAACUAUUUUAAAGAUCAAAUAAAUGUAAUGGAAAAUGAAAAUCCAAUAUUGAAUUGUAUAGAUGAUUCAAACAUAUUUAUUACAAAUAAAAAAAAUAAAAAAAUUCUAUUUAAUGAUAAAAAUCAAGAUGUUAAAAAAUUCUUUAAUGUUAAAAAUAGAAAAAAAUUUACAAAUAUAAAUUUAGAAGAUAUACAUGAAAUAUUAUUAAAAAGUAAAUAUUUAAAUGACGUUAAAAAUAAUGAUAUAUUUGAUAAUCCCAAUGAGCAUACAACAGAAUAUGUAGAUACACCACCUAUCUUGCUUUCUGAUCAAAAAAAACAAACAAAUAACUUUGAAUCGAUUAAAAGAAAUGACAUCUCGCCAAAUAAUAUGUCCAAAUGUGAAAACGAUCAAUCUACAAAUAGCAAUGUGUAUCCAAGCAAUGCCUGGAACGGCAAAAGUGUGGGUAGUAAAAGUGUGGGCAGUAAAAGUGUAGGCAAUAAAAGUGUUAGUAAACAGAUGCAUGAUGACCGCAUGCAUAAGGAACAGAUGCACGAUGCAAUAUAUGAUUCAUACUGUGAAUAUUGUUCAUAUAUAGAUCAUGGAAAGAGUGGGAAAAAUAAUUGCAAAGAUAGAAACUACAAAAAUGUUUGUAAAUUUUCUGAAAAGGAAAUAGAAAAACACAUGAAAAAUGAUAAAACAUAUUAUUUUUCCAAAAAUAUAAAAAAUGGUAUAAAUAAUGAAAAAUCAAAAUCUAACAAUAAUGUAUAUGAUAAAAAAGAUGCAGAUGAUUAUAUUAAUAUAGAUUUAGAAAAUGACGAAAAUAAAAUGAACUACCUUUUUAAUGAAAGCAAUAAUAAUAAUAAAAAAAAUGAUUUUGAAAAAAAUAACAAUGUUGUAAAUUGUUCUGAAAUAAAUGAUAAUCACAACAAUAAACAUGACCAAAAUAAACACAACAAUAAAAUUUUAGAUUAUAUUUUUCAUGAAUUAAAUAAUGCUUCACAAAAUUGUGACAUUAACGUAGGAUAUUCAAGUAGUAUAUUAUCCGAAACCAAUCACGACGAAAGUAGCAAAAAUAGCAAAAAUAGCAAAAAUAGCGAAAAUAGCGAAAGUAGCAAAAAUAGCAAAUAUAACACAAAUAACGCAAGCCCAAACCAGUACAUGCUAUCUAAAGAACAUGAUAUUUCUAUGGAUCUGAUACAAAAUUCAAAUAAACAAAAUACAAAUAAACAAAAUACAAAUAAACAAAAUACAAAUAAACAAAAUACAAAUCCGGGCUUAUUUAAUAAUGAAUAUAUACAAAAUAAUUUUGAAGAAAUUACACCAAAUGGCGAUUUUGAAUUAAUCAAAAAAUUUAUAAAAGAAGUUAAAAAAAACAAUGCAGCCCUUGCACAGUAG